AUGGAGACACACAGGGAGACAGAAUUACUGGAGUGUCGACUCCGUAUGGAAGACCUGGUGAAAAUGCAAAGCCUAUUUCUGCCUGCGGGCAGCAGCCUGGGGCGCGAGGAGUUCGUGGAGCGGGCGUGCGUGGCGGUGGGUCGCGGCACGCCCGAGGAGUACGGCCGCCUGUUCGACGGCGUGGACGUGUCGCGGGAGGGCCGUCUGGACUGGCCCCGGCUGACCACCUUCCUGCUGCUGAAGCUGUGCGAGCAGGACGAGCAGGCGCGGGCGGCCGCCGUGCCCCGCUGGAGAGCCCCGCGCCCACUGCCCUCUCCGCACAGGGAGCCCGUCCAGGGGGUGGCCCUCCUGCGGUCCGGUGCCGGCCGAUACCUCAGCAUCAGCAAAGACGGCGUGCUCGGGGUGUGGUGUGACGAGCUCAGCCUCCUCAAGAGCCUCCGGCUGACCAACGAGUCCGUCAAGCCCAAAGACCUCUGGGCAACGGCCAUGGUUGUGCUGCCCAACGUCCACAAGGUCGCGGUUGCUUUCACCAGCAAGGAGAUCUGUUUCUACGAUCUGCUCUCCAAGCAGGAGUUCAGUUGUCAGUACAAACUGCAGGGCCUGAGGCACACUCCCAUCGCUCUGGACUACUGGUCCAGCCCACAGGACCCCGACCAGGCCGUGCUGAGUCUGGGGGACGUGGGGGGGAAGGUGAGCGUGGUGUGUUUCCGGACGGCUCAGAUCGCCCUGUUCGAGAGGCCCAGCGGCGCGGCGGUGGAGCAGGACGCCACGGUGGUCAUCCAGUGGGCGGAUGUGGCCGAGGGCCAACAGCGCUGCUGCUGCACCAGCACGCACACGGCCCACGGCCACAGCUGGGUCCGCAGAGUGCGGUUCCUGGGCCCGUUGGAGGCGGUGGCGUCCUGCUCCUGGAGUGGCCAGGGCAGCCUGGUGUUGGCGUGGAGGGAGACGGAGGGCGCGCCCCUCAGGGUCACCCACUUCAACACACACACGGGCAUCAGUGACCUGGACUACCACCCCACUCUCAAUCUCAUAGCCACCGCAGGCCUCAACCAGCACGUGUACCUGUGGAACCCCUACGUCACGUCCAAGCCCGUGGGCGUCCUGAGAGGCCACAUGAGCAGCGUGGUGGCCGUGCGCUUCGUCCUGGGGAGGAGACAGCUGCUCAGCUUCUCCAGCGACAAGGUGCUAAGACUGUGGGACGUGUCCAGCCAGCUGUGUGUCCAGCGCGUGGCCGGCAUCUUCCCCAAGACGCAGGAGUGCCAGACGCUGCUGUUCCUCCACGAGGAGGCCGGCCGCCUGCUCCUCUCCUUCAACAGCCAGCUCCUGCUGCUGGAGGCCAAGACGGAGCCGGGCCGGAGGCUGACGAGCCACGAGAGCCCGCUCACCUGCGUCCUCUACAACUCCCUCUUCCGCCAGGCAAUUAGCAGUGACGCCAGUUCCACUAUAACAUGCUGGCUCAUGGACACGGGUCAGAAGGUGAAGCAAUUCACCCGUUGUCAUGGAGAUGCCGAGAUUUCCACCAUGGCGCUGGAUGGGACCCAGACCCGGCUGUUUACUGCGGGAACCGACGGACUGGUAAAGAUAUGGGACUUUAAUGGCCACUGCCACCACAGGCUGAAUGCGGGGCGUGACCAGGCGGCUGAGAUCUCCCAGGUGCUGGUGCUGAAGAGGACAGUGCUGGUGCUGGGCUGGGAGAGGAUCAUCACAGUGUUCCGUCCAGGCCGGUUCUCGAAGUUCUUCGUCCAGCCCUCUGAGUGGACGGGAGGCGUCCAGCACCGCGACGACGUGCUGUGCGCCGCUUUCCGCCCUCCGCAGACUCUGGUCACAGGCAGCUACGACGGCGAGAUCAUAGUGUGGAACAACAGCACGGAGAACGCGCUGCGCAAACUGCGAGCAGAUGGCCGGCAGGGCCUCCGAUCCAAAUCAGAUUGGCCGCUGCUUAAGGUUGAUCGGUCAGCGGCUUCAGACCACGGGCAGUCCCCUGCUACCUCUGGCUCAUCACUGCCCCCUGCUGGACAGGAUGGACCGGAAGAAUGCCAGGCCAUCACUAGGCUCUUCUUCCUGGAGCGUCAAAAAGGGAUCAUUGCUGCAGGUGGGGCUGACCUGGUGUCGUGUGGGAUGUCAGGCCUGGUGAGGUUCUGGAACACUGCCCGCUGCAUCCUGGUGGCCGAGUUUGUUGCCCAUAAAAGGUCGGGCUCCAUCAUCCUGACGGUGGACGGGAGUGGGCGGUACCUGGUGACCGCAGACGUGCAUGGAGGAGUGAAAGUGUGGGAUUUACAGGACUACUGCCUUCAGUCCAGUGACGGAGUAGUCGGACGAGCCCCCCCACUCCUGUCCACUCUCCAGCCCCACACCGACUGUGUCACGCACCUGGAGACCUGUGUCCAUGGCGACCAGCUAUUUCUCCUGUCCACAUCGACAGACUACACUGUGGCUUUAUCCUACCUUCCAGGACACUGUGUGGGGAUAUUUGGACAGGAGGAGCACUGGCGCCUCGGCGGAACAGACUGCACCCACCCAACGGAGGCGCAGGACGGAGAGCUCGCGGGCGGUGAGAUGGCCGAGUCACCCCUCACUCCUCCAGGAUCCCAAGGGCAUCACAGAAACGAAGGCUCGGCCCCCCAAGAUUCCGCCUCCUCGGGUGAAGACACCACUCUAGCAGAGGAGAAAGAUCACAGCCACCGAGGGCUGAGAGGCAGAUCAAGGGGGCGCGGUGUGGGGAGCGUGCGCUGGGAAGACCUCGGGGCCAACUGGACGACGAUCGUUAUUUCUCCGUCUCCGAGGGAACCGGAGGAGACGGGCGCGGCCGAGGAGAGUCGCCGCCGCCGCCGCCGCGUUCCGGGGAGAGGCUCCGAGCCUCGGCGCGGCCUCGAGGAGGCCGGGAGGCGACCGCCGGCGAACAACAACAGAGCCUCGGCGUCUGCGGGUGAGUUCUCUGAUCCGGCGGGCGACGUGGGCAGAGAAGCUCGUUUGGUCUGCGACACUUCCAGCGCCUCUCCUCUGUCGCACUCGCACACUACAGGCUGA